UUAUAGUUUAGUUUACUCUGUGAUUCGUUUAGUUAAACAACAUUUUCUAAUUAAUACUAGGCUGAAUAUUUGUUAUUUUUUUUGUUAUUUUGAAAGCGGCAUAAAAUGGAUGAUAAAACGGAUAAAAUACCAAUUUUUUUGUACAGAGAGUUUGUGGCCGAUUUAACAAAAGCAAUUGAAUUUUCGGAGCAAAAAAGAUGUAACUCUCUAAUUACAUCCAUUACAAAUCCAAAUUUUCGGCGUGAAUUCAGCAAGAGCCCGGUGCGAGAGAAUCAUUUUCGCUUUACACGAUCCGAAUUAUUGUUGGAGCCAGCAAAAUGGCAUACACAAGUGGUGGCUAAAUUAUCCAAUUGGAUUGACUGUGAUUCGACCGAUGAAAAUGUUCGAAAAUUUAGUGAAGCAACGCUUAAACAGGAAAUUGCAUUUGCACAACAUGUUGCCGGUCAUGGGCAAAUUCUUAUCAAGGUUCGCAGUAGAAAUACAUCAAAUUUAGCACGGACGAUUUGUUCAGAGCUCACAGCCGGUUCAUUGCUCGUCGAAAUGCCAAUGGUCGACUAUGAGAAUCGUUGGAAAGAUAUUGGUAAUGAAGAGCUCAAAUCGACUGAUACAUGGCAUUGGUGGAAUGCAUUUCGUUCGUAUUCCGAUUAUAAUUCACGAUAUCAAUUGGCACUUGAGCUAACGUCAGAUUUACCAACACAGGAUGUCAUCUUACGUUGGUUAGGCGAAACAAUUGAUGUGCUGAUCGUUCCAAUCGAUUUGUUUAUCAACAAUCGAAACAAUUUUCCGGUUCUUCCGUACAGUCAUAAGUUAGUUACAUUGAAAUUUUUGGCUAUGACAAAUUGUAAACUAGCACUGAAAGCGCCCGAUGAUGAUAGCCGAAAUAUUGAUAAUUAUGUUAGCUUCCUGCGAUAUUUGUACAAGGAAAAUGCGAAACGAAAUGAUCCAAUGACUGGCUAUGAUGACCUAUUAGAGAUUCCAUUGCAACCAUUAUACGAUAAUUUGGAUUCGUAUACCUACGAAGUGUUUGAAAAAGAUCCAAUUAAGUAUAUAUUUUAUCAAAGAGCUAUCGAACAGGCAUUGAUGGAUAAAAUCUCGGACGAAGAAGCAGACAUAAAAACGGCAAUUGUGAUGGUGGUUGGUGCUGGUCGUGGACCACUGGUUCGUUCUGCAUUCAAUGCGUCAGCCAAUGUGAAUCGAAAGAUCAAAAUGUAUGUCAUUGAAAAGAAUCCAAAUGCAAUUGUUACACUGACCGCGCUGCAAGAGGAAUUAUGGAAAAACAAAGACAUGACCAUUAUUUCGACUGAUAUGAGAUAUUUUGAGCCAUCAGAGAAGGUUGAUAUUCUGGUAUCGGAAUUGCUCGGAUCGUUCGGUGAUAAUGAACUGUCGCCAGAAUGUUUGGAUGGAGCUCAGAAGCAUUUAAAAGAAGAUGGCAUAAGCAUUCCAUGUCAAUCAACUUCAUACAUAAAUCCAGUGAUGGCACCGAAAUUGUGUAGCAUAAUACGCGAAGUUCGUGGUCAUAUGCGACGCGGCAAACCGAAUACAUAUGAAAAACAAGCAGAAAGUCCGUACGUUGUAUAUUUGAAAAAUGUGUAUCAUAUCACCAAACCGCAGCCAGUGUUUACAUUUGUUCAUCCGAACAACGAUGAGGUGAUUGAUAAUUCACGUUUCAUUAAAAUGGAAUUUGAUGUUGCACACGAUUGUGUGUUGACCGGUUUUGCUGGAUACUUUGACACCAUUUUAUACAAAGACAUCAAAUUGAGUAUUCAUCCUGAAGAGCAUACACGAGGGCUCAUAUCAUGGUUUUCAUUGUACUUCCCGUUGACCGAACCACAACAAUUGCGUGCCGGCGAUAAGAUCAAACUUAACUUCUGGAGAUGCAUAUCAAAUCGCAAAGUAUGGUAUGAAUGGAGCACAACCUCGCCCACAGUCACUCACGUGCACAAUCUGAAAGGUUGGGCCUUUCCCAUAUAUAAAUGAUGAUGAUAAUGUUAACUAUUUACUGUUACCUCUUGUCAUAAAAAUUAUUAUCGAUUCAUUGAUAAUAAUCAUCGUUCAUCUUGUCAAUGUUUAAAAAGAAAAAAAAAGAAGCAAAUGUUAUGAAACUAAAAUAAACA